AUGGCCACCGUCACCUUCGCUUCUCAACCUGGAGAAGAGAAUCCCACCAACACCACCACCAAAACCAAGACUAAAACUACCACCCUCCGCCGCUGGCUCACCUUCUCAACCUCAUCCCGUCCCUCCACCAACUCCUCCCCACGACCAAAACCACUCCGCAGACCUACCCCCAAACCCACCACAUCCACAACCACAACCACAACCACAUCUCGUCUAUACAGACGCGUAACCCUCCCACGCCGAUCCUCACGAUCCAAAACCAAACCCAGAACUAUAUCUCCCAAUGAUGAACAUACACCCAUUUCCCUACUUACAUCUAUAAACACAGACGCGAACACAACUACACAGCCACCCCAUCCAGUCGCAGAUACAACAAACCCAACAACACCUCCACCCACAAGCCCAACAUCAACAACAAGUAAGAUCCGAUCUCGCUCGCCCCUUUCCCCGCUGUCGCCCAUAAGUCUCAACUUCAGCACGCUGUUCAAUCUAUCUCCGCGAUCGAAGACGAUCGAGGAAUCUUCGUCGACGUACUCGUCAUCGGCGAGCUCAUCGGAAGUUCAGAUCCCGCCGCCGACGGUCUCGCAGGAGCAGCUCACGAGUUCGUAUGCGGAGUACUGCGAGGCGUUUACGGCGGGGUUGACGGAGGAGAGUUAUUUGUAUCAGGAGGGGGAAACGGGAAAGGGAUGUCAGCCGGUGAAGGAGGUUGUGAUUAAAGAGGAGAAGGAGAAGGAGGAAAGACAGGGGCGUUGUAUGGAGGGUAUAAAGGGAACGGAGGAAAAGGGAAAAGAAGGGGAGCAGGAGGAGAGGGCGAUUCCUGGCAAUGAUGAUCAGAGGGAGAUUCUACAUUGGUUACGGGAAUCGGAGGAUGAAGAGGGCAAUGGGAAUAGUGGCAGUGAUGGUGAUGAUGUACCGCUCCGAAUGUCUCCUCCCGCGAGGAUCCUCACCCCUGCUCGAUAUGAACAGUCGCGUCGGGCGGCGAGACAGCCCCAGCGUGGGAAGCAGGAGAAGCAGGAGCACCACGAGGAUCAGCAGCAGCAGCAGCAGCAGCGACAUGCGUGGUGGACUGCACUCCGGAAUCAAUCAAUAAAUUCGUGCAACGUCGCUAGCCCAAUGGGAUCCCCAGAAAUGGCCGCAAGGGAUGUCGAUGCACCCGUCGGUUGCAAUCACAAGAAACGCGCACACAGGGGUAUCCCGAGCAUCUUAUUACAUACAGCCUAUGCCGAUACAACAAAGGAAAAAUGCCGCGACAAAGGAAAAUCUUCGUCCCCUCUCUCUUCUCAUAGCCUCACCACUGGUCAUGCAACAUUCCAUCACGAGGAUCCCUCAUCCGCACCCUGCUCCGACGCACUGCUCGCCUUCUCCGGCUGCGGCGUCGUCGACUGA